AUGAACUCUGAUAAAACAAAUUUAUAAAAAAGAAAAGCAAGUCUCAAACCAUAUGUGUAUCCAAGAUGUUAUGAUAUGACAGAAACAUUUGAGAAAAAAUUCAUCAAAAAAAUCCAAAUAUUUAAUUCUAACUUGAGAGAGUCUCGAAGACGAACUAUGGCAGAAGCUUUUAGAGACUAGGAAGAAUAGGGAUAAGAAUGCACAUAAUAGUUAAAGUAAAAUCAAAUUAAUGAUGAGAAUAAAACAAGAAUAAGUUUAUAUUCAAGGAUAAACAGACUCAAAUCUUUUAUAAGUUAUAAAUCCAAACCAAAUUCUUAAACUGAUAGAAUCUUUUUCGAAGCUGAAUAAACUUUAUUUUCAAAGGGUCUUAUCUCUUCCCGUAACUCUUAAAAUUCUUAUUAAAGAUUAAAAAAGCUUUAUUAAACAGAAUUAAAAUCUAGUUUUUAGUCUGCUGAAAGAAGUUAAAACAAUCUUUCUAAAUCUAGGGAUAAAUCUAAAAAAAGAGCAUCUCUUUAAUUAGUUAAAGCUACCAACUUCCACAAUUGCUCUAUAAAUGAAAACUAACUUUAAGAUAAUAAAGGCUCAGAAGAUUUUAAAGAUAUGAAUAAAUCAUCAAGGACAAAUAGUUUUUCAAGAGGUAAUUCAGCAAAAAAAAAAUAGAAUAGUCCAAUUCUUAAGAAUUAAACUAAAAAGUUGAAUUUUAGUCUGUUUACAAAACUUUAAUAACUUAAAUAAAAAAAGCAAAUUAAAGAUUGUCAUUUAUGGUUUUUGCAGAUUAUUAGUAUUUUUGAUUUUGAUUACUUUUAAUAAAUCACUCUUAAAAUUAUUAUAUAUUAAAAUAAAUAAAAAGUUAUAGUUUAUAUUUUUUUAAAAAAAAAUCAAAAAUUCCUAAUUCUGGGUUGCUAAAAAUGA